AUUUUCAAACUUCAAAGAAUGUCAUGUUCAGAUUUCAUCUUACUUGUUUUUUAAUUUACAAUUAUUUAAACGUAAGAGUUGGGAUCAUUAUGAUCUAGUCGAUCUCAUUGGCUUUUAAAGUUUUCUGAAAUACUUUACAUUUAUAAAAUGGUUUUUUAUCCUUGUACUAGAUACAGAUUAGUUGUAUUGUUAAUGCUUAUUUUAAUUAUGUGGCAAAUUAUGAGGUUAAUACCAACGGAAAAAUCAUCACCACAACUGACCGGGUCUGAUAUAAUCGCAUUGGAAGAUGGUAACUAUAAUAAGCACAAGCAAGACAAAGUCAAAGUGCGUGUGUAUUAUGAAGCGUUAUGUCCAGAUUCCAAACAUUUCUUUAUCAAGCAUUUGUGGCCAGUAACGGAGAAGUUGUCAGAGUUUUUGAAUGUUGCAUUGGUUCCUUAUGGAAAAGCUAGCACGAAGGAAGAAAAUGGUAAAUAUUACUUUAUGUGUCAACAUGGUGAAGAAGAAUGCUAUGCAAAUACAAUACAUUCUUGUUCAAUUGAUAUCUUGGGCAAUAUGACCUUGUCUGUGAAGUUUACUGAAUGCAUGAUCAUGGAUAAUAUGGAUGCAGAUAAGGCUCUGGAAAGGUGUUCUCAGCAAAUGAAUGUUGAUCCUGAACCAAUAAACAGAUGUGCCUCAAGUGAACAUGGGGCAGCAUUACUCAAGAAACAUGGUGAUGAUACGGACAUUAUUAAACCAACUUUUAUACCUACUAUCACAUUAAAUGGUUCCAGAGGUAACCAAGGAGCGAUUUUAAAGAAUUUCCUUUUAGAAGUUUGCAAAUUAAUUGACAUGCCUUUGCCUCCACCCUGUUUAUAACAGAAUGUAAACUUGUGUGAAUCACAAAUGUUACUAGCAUGAAUAUAGCAUAAUAAAGGUCCACGAGGGCAAAUGAUAAGUAAUUAGUUAACUAAACAAUCUUAAUGAUCAGGUGUCUUAACAGAGCGUCUAUUAUGAAUGUUUUCGUAACGUCAUUGACAAAUUUUCUACAAGAGUUUAAUAUAAUUUUUGUUCAUAAUGUUACGAACAUGUUCUCAAGAAAUUUCAUGAUAACCUCUAAGAUGCUCAAAUACAUGCCUAUUUUCCCUUCCACAUGAUUUUUAUUAUCUUAUCGUAUUAUGUAGGUUGAUAUACUUAUCAUGAAUGUUUUUAUCACAAUGAAUUGUAAAUAAACUGUCAUAAAUAAAUUAUGUAACUUUGAAAACUACUAUUGGACUGUUUGUAACUUAUGGGGCUAUUUUUGAGUAUUAAUUUUUUGUUGUAUUUAUUGAUCGGAAAUUAUAAAAUAAGUCACAAAAUACCU